CCUUCAUAAUUGUUAUCUCGCAUUUUUUAAGUGGCAGUUCCAAUAUGGUUGUCUAUUGUAGACUGUGAUAGCGUAUAGUACAAUUAGUUAAGUAACUGUGAGCGACAUGCCGCUUUCGUUUUUUUCAAAAAAAUCGAAGUCCUCGAAGUCGAAGGAAACUUCGUCCGUAUCUAAAAGCUUGACGAUCACAAAAAAUGGCGAAAGUACCGUGACGACAUCAUCAACAUCCAUGACGCGCCAAAGUUCUUCAACCUCGCAUUCAUCGGAAGUGCAGGUGGUGUCGAGCUCCCCCACGUUUGACCUGAAUAACAUAAAAACGCAAGGUCCCAUAUUCGACUUCAAAAUACCAAAAAUGGCAACGGAUGCGAAAACGUUCCCGAAAACCUAUCAGCCGCGUCCUUACCGUUCCGCUUGUUCCCCCAAUUUUCAACCGCUGACAACCGCUCAUAGUGCUUCGACAAGCAACAACAAAUUUAACUACAAUAAACCAAUUUCACCCGUACCACCCCGAAAUGUCUACGUCAAAAACCUUGUAGCAAACCCUGGAAUCAGUGAUCUUGACUGCAAAUUGAAUGUCUCAGUCAAACAAAGCGCAAAAUUUUACGACGACUGCAACGAAUCCAAAGUACCUGUAUACCGAACUCGAUCAAAGCACCGGGGGAAACUUCUGCUCAUUAAUAACGUUAAGUUCAUUAACGACAGGCACGAGAGGGAGGGCGCCGAAUUGGACGACGCCAACUUAACAAAGCUUUUCCAGGAGAUCGGAUUUGAAGUUAUAAGGCAUCAAAAUCUCACAAAAACGGAUAUGGAAAAGAAAAUCAAAACCUUUCGGGACAGUACCUCCUUAAAAAAAGUAGACAUAGGUUGCGUAAUUGUUAUGAGUCACGGUACUGGUCACGAAAGGAGCGACAGCACUCAAGUGCUUUGCAGCGACGGCCUUCUAAUCGAAACCACGUGGAUCAUCGAUCAAUUUAACAGCACGCUUUGCAAAAACCUGGGCGCAAAACCCAAAAUCUUCAUCUUCCAGUGCUGCAGAGGAAGCGCCCAGGAUGUCCAGUACGACGCGGUACCACUCUCUACCGAUCAAAGGAGCCUAUCCGAUAUGCUGCUCGCCUAUUCGACGGUUCCCGGUUUCGUCUCUCAUCGAGAUCCUGUACAUGGAACUCUUUACAUACAGGCCGUAUGUAAGGUAUUUAUGGAGCACGCGCACGAUACUCACGUGGAGGAUUUGCUGAAGAUGGUCGACAGUAAGCUUUCAAUGCACGUAGGAGCUGGCUUGAAGCAAACGUCCAGCUUCGAGAAUAGAGGCUUCAAAACUUGCUAUCUCCAUCCGAAGUUGUCAGAGUGAUUAUUUAUUUAUUUAUUACUGAUUUUGUAUUCAAUAAACGAUCUUGAAAUUGUA